AAAUCUAAUCCAUUCCGAAACUAACAACACCUAUAUUCACAAUGUGACUUGAAGUCUUGAACCUUCAACUAACAACACCUAUAUUCACAAUGUGACUUGAAGUCUUGAACCUUCAAUCUUAAAGAAAGAAGGAACCACCUGAUACUACAAGCCCUUUGGUUUCUACAAAUAUAUAUAAAUAGCAAAACAUUUGUUCUUCUAGCAUGAAGAGACUCUAUUGCAUAUUUUAAUAAAUGUAGGAGGGCAAAAUAGGAAUAGUGGAUGAAGCUGGAGUAGGUGGUGAUUGGUGAACAAGGGCUUCUAUAGGGAUAUCAUACCUUCGGAGGGUUUUUAUCUUUUAACACCUGUGAAUUAAACGAGAGAAAAUCGUAAUCAGAGAUGCCGUGCCUGAAUCUGUCAACAAAUGUCAGCUUGGAGGGCGUUGAUACCUCCGCCAUCCUCUCCGAAGCCACCUCCACCGUCGCCGAGCUCAUCGGCAAACCCAAAGCCUAUGUGAUGAUCGUGUUGAAGGGAUCUGUGCCGAUGGCUUUUGGAGGUAGCGAGCAGCCAGCGGCGUAUGGUGAGCUGGUUUCCAUCGGAGGUCUGAAUCCCGAUGUAAACAAGAAAGUAAGUGCUGCAGUUGCUGAGAUUCUUAGCUCCAAGCUCUCUGUUCCCAAAUCACGCUUCUUCCUCAAAUUUUUCGACUCAGAGAGGUCUUUCUUUGGAUGGAAUGGAUCAACCUUCUAGGCUAUGUGCUCUGUGUUUGUUUAUGGGUUGGUUGGUUGGAUCAGAUGAAGCAUCAAAAUCGAACUUAUUAGUAUGGGACUACGGAUAUCAUAUCAUAUUAUUAUUAUUACUAGUGUGAAAUGUCAAAACACUGAAAGCUUAUAAUCCAAGCAUUUUCUCUUAAUGUCCCAUAUCGAUGAUGUUUGUCUGAGUUAGUUGCAGAUUUACUCACUCACAUUACAUCACAUAUGCUGUUAUAAAUCCAUGUUAAAAAAUGAAUUACCGUUUGAUCCUUUAGUACCUUAAACGAUGUAAAUGCUAAGGGAUACCCCAAUAGAAAGAUUUUCAUCUUUCUCAGAACUUCAACUGAAGAGUUUUGUUAAAAAGACAGAAAAAC